AUGAAUAACAAUGACAUUAUAUAUUAGUAAUAGUAGGAGUAAAGAGAGAGAAAACCUUCGUUUUUAGAAUAGCUAUGUUCAUGCCUUUAUUUUUUUUAAAAGAAGGAUGUUAGGGCUAAUGAAAGAUAUUAAUUAGGAAUUGAUACUCCGAAAUCUCAUGCUAGAAAACUCUGUGUUUUAGAUUUAGAUGAAACAUUAGUACAUAGUUAAUUUAAAGGUGACAAUGGUUAUGAUUUUUUACUUGAUAUAAUUGUAUAAAGUCAAUUAUUUAAAGUAUUUGUUACAGUUAGACCAGGAGUAGAAACCUUUUUAGAAUAACUAAGUGAACAUUUUGACAUAGUAUUAUGGACUGCUAGCUUAAAAGAGUAUGCUGAUCCUGUUAUUGAUAUUAUUGAUCCCUAAAGAAGGAUUCAAACAAGACUUUAUAGAGAAAGCUGUACUCCAAUUAGAGGAGGACUGACCAAAAAUCUAAACAAAUUAGGAAGAAAUUUGAAAGAAGUGCUAAUAAUAGAUAAUUCCUAAAUGUCGUUUUUAUUUUAACCAGAGAAUGGCUUUUUAAUCAAAGAUUUUAUAUAGGAUAAAAAUGAUAAAGAGUUAGAUAUGUUGUUACCCUUCUUAAUUUGGCUUAGUCAACAAUCUGAUGUUCGACCUGUAUAAAAAUUAUGUUAGUAAUUUAUGUUGAAGAAUUAGCAUUCACGAAAAAUUUCGAAAAAAUAGAUUCUCUCAUAAUCUAUGGUUUUGAAUCAAGAUAACAUCUAAAAACAACUCGAAAUUCCAAGAACCCAUACUAUGAAUCAUCAGGACUUUGAAGAAAUAGAAUUGAGAUAAGAGGCUGGACUCAAUUCCCCUCAUGUUGAACUUAAAAUGUAGGAUUAGACAGAUGAUGAUGAAAGCAAAGAAACAUUUGAAAUCAGUAGUAAUUGUUGA